AAGAAACCGUUGAACAUGUUUACAAGGAAGUCUGUUCGGCUGGCAUUUGCUUCAGUCAUCAUCAUGAGGGCCCCUCUGCUCCCACUGCUUUUACUACUUACAUCUUUAACAGGUGUGUGUGUGGCGAGUCUUCCUCUGGAAAUAUAUGUCAAGGCAGGUGAGAUGGUGGUGCUGGAGUGUCCUCAACAGGCAGGAUCUCGUCAUGACCGUUGCCCAGUAAUGUGGACCAGUGAGAACAAGCUGCAGAUGGACCGGAGCAGCAUGUCACCGGCAGAACAGAGAGAGACAGGUCUACUGUGUCUUGGCAGGAGCCUUUUUAUUCUCACCGCGUCAGUAAGCCACGAGGGCAACUACUUGUGCUCACAAAGGAAUGUGAGCGGCCAAUCCUGGUUCAGGCUGACCGUGUAUACCACACUGAGCAGGGAGUUGAAGGACAGGACUCAGUACUUGCAGGAAUGUUACACGCAAGAGUCCUGCCUUUUGAACUGUCCAGAAGACAACAUCCCGAACCCGAAUAAUCCCAACUUUACUGCCUACGACAUUAUAUGGCGCAAGGAGGGUGAGUCAACGCAGGAGGUUGACAGCUCCUUCUCAAGUGCAGUAGACACAGACCAUGGUGUCUACACUUGCACCAGGCCUUACCUGUAUGAUGGUCAAAUCUACAACAUGAGCUUCACGGUGGUGUUGGACAUCCGGCCUAGUCAGCCAAACGUGAACAAACACACUGUGAUAUCAUCCCCGCAGCCAAAUACAACCAUUUUUGUGGAUGUCGGCUCACCGUUUGUGACUGAAUGUGUAGCUGUCUUUUACUCAGACUUCACUCCAUUGUUUUGGCUGAGCGGGAACACAUUUGUGGAAAUGAAUGACUCCUUCCCAGUAUUCAGCAACUACACGUGUGAAAACGUGACUGAAGGAGUAAAAAAAACAGUAUAUCUGGUGUUCAAAGAAGUAACGGAGGAAAAUGUAUUCACUAAUUACACCUGCAAAAUGGAAUCCAUCUCGGACAACUCAAGCUUUGUCACCAUCACCUUGGCCAAAAGAGUUCGACCUUUCCACAUUUCUGUGGCAGUCUGCCCUUUGGUUAUCAUGGCAGUCAUGGCUGCCAUUGUCAUAGUCUAUGUCAAAUUCCAAAUUGAAAUCACUCUCUUCCUGCGAGAUACUAUGGGCUGCCACAGAAGAACCUCAGAUGGGAAGAUCUAUGAUGUGUUUCUGAUGUGUUAUAAGAGCGAUAGAGUCACAGGAUUGAAUCCAUGUGAUACAAUGUGGCUGGUGAAUGUUCUGGAAGAGAAUUUGGGUUAUAAACUCUGCCUCUAUGAUCGUGACGUGCAACCGGGAAAAGCUCUGUCCGAGGCGUUGCUGGACUGCAUAGAACAAAGCCAAUCGGUGGUCCUGGUACCUUCCCCUGUGGCUCACAGUCUGGAGUCUGGCUUGUUGAGUGCCAUCCAUGCAGCCCUCGUGGAACGGAAAACAAGCUUGGUUAUCAUCAAACCUGAGAGUGCAGAAGAAGCUAAAUGGGGUUCGCUACCAGAAGCCUUCCGGCUCCUCGACAAGACUGGCCACUGUGUCACGUGGGAGGGCUUAAACGCCCUGCCGCCUUCCGCUUCCUUCUGGAAGAAGCUCCGCUAUCACCUCCCAGCAGUAUGCACUGGCACCAAGGCUUUUCCCUUAGAUGCUCGUCUGUCUUAACGUGUCCUCGACAGCCUUAACCUCAAGUCCACCUGCACACAAUCCGAUGCGAUCCUGAGAUCAUGCUCGGUUUUCUUUGUCAUAGAACUUUGAAGUGACGGCAAACUACAGUGGCAACUGUACUUAUGAGUUUAACUUGUCACUCAAUUUACUCUGAUCUCAAAUCAGUAUUCCCUAUUGAAAUGACUUGAAAUUCUAUUAAUCAGCCACCCGAAAUCACCGCAAUUUUCUAAUGAAGAAACAUAGCACUGUAUUGUAAACCAUACAUAUAAGAAAGAUAAUAAAUCAUAGUAAGAGAAUGUCAAGAAUAAUAAAGUUUGAUUUAAUAAAGUGUAAUGAAGCCAA